AUGAUAAGUGGCGGUGGAGUUCAGAAACCCACAGGGGUAGGUACUACUCGAAAGAUUCGAGAGCAUUUAAACUUCACCGAUGAACGACGUUGGAAGCAGUUUUCGGGACGCAGACUGGAGUUGAUCGAGAAGUUCAGGCUUAGUGAACGUAAAGCCAGUGAGCAGGACAAUAGUGUGGCGCAGAUCGCUACUAUUCUGCGAACGGAGUUUGGAUACCCGUUGAAUUCUUCAGCAGAAUUCGAGAAACUGGUGACGGCCGCUGUACAAUCUGUUCGGCGCAACCGGAAGCGGUCCACCAAGUUUAGGGGUCCAGAUAUGGGCGGCGGUCCUAGUCAAUCCAUUUCCGCAUCAAAAACAGGUGAGAGCUCGCCCCCGGGCUUUGUUGAUUCACCCACUCCGCGUCCUGAAGAUCUGUUUUUCGAUCCUCACGAUAACCAGCAGCAUCAUCAGCCUACGGCACCGACCUCCCACGAAGACGCCCUAGAGGCUCGAACCUUCUCUUUGUUUACACACACACUGCGGCGCGACGCUCCUGGUCGUAUGAGCACUUCAGUUCAAAUUCCUGCAUUGCCCACGAUACGGCCACGUCCGCCACCGGAAAUUCAGCCAAAGGCUACUUCUUUACCACCCAUCGUGUCAGCACAAAGCCAUCAUCACGACGAGCUCAUCAAGACCAUCAUUGCAGACGCGGUUCACGACCGUGUAUCACUGCAUGAACAGUCACAACAGGACAAUUUCACGCCUAAUCUCACAGACUUUGCCCUGUCAAGUAAUGACGGCGAACUUCUCAACCUUGCAUUUCACUCUCAAGCACUCCCCGGGUCGAAUUACACAAGUACUUCGCGUAAACCGGACACCCCGGACACCAAAGCCAAAAUACCAUUUUUUUUGAGGGAGAAAAUACUGCUGCAUAUUCAAAGAUCAAGGGCAUGUUUGGAGCUGAGCUCUUCACAAGGAUCGUUGGAGCUUUACUCGACUCUAGAAAUUUUGGGCCAGACAUCAAUCAAGGCGUCGGUUGCAUUUGUCAUGGAGCGGUUCUUUUCAAACUUGUCAGGCGCGUCAAUGGAAUACAUCACUUCAAAGCUCACAUCUACAGCGGGACUGGCAUAUGUGGCUGUACAAAUCUUUGAGCCAGCUACCGAACACCACUUUGAACAAUUACCUCAGAACGCCCAGCUGAAAUUGUUCAAUCUCACUAUGGGCGGAAUCAUCAAGGACUUUGGGUUUGAUCCUUGUAUAUAUCCUCUCAGCGAAAUUAUGCAUGACGUUAUAUUAAAACAAUACCCAUUAGCCAGCCAGCGUAAUCGUGACUGCAAACGAUCCGCGAUCAUGUCGACGCUUUCCAUGACGCCUGCAUCCGCAAACAAAGAUGUUUAUCGAAAGGUACUUUUGAAAUUUAAAGAUAAAGAGCAAAGGUUCACAUUUCAUCUAUUGAGCAAUGGACCACCAACAGUCUCAGAAGUUUUGGCAAAUUCUCGCCAUUUGUUUCAGAUUGUGUCGCAGGCGAAAAGCUUGUAUUUGAUGCAUAACAAUGAUCUUGUCAGAGACGAUUUGGAGCUUGCCAAGAUUUUCAACAAGUUCACAUCUGAAGAAAUAGUGAUUGAAAUCCGUGAAGAUGUCUCUAAUUCUUUCAAUGGACUUGCAAUGCUCAGCAGUGUAUCUGCAUCUGCCCUCCCUUAUGUGGAACAGAAACCUCUCUCUGACCACACCGAGCGCUCUGGAAACUCCCCACAACCUUCAGACGCUGAUCAUGAACACUUUAAUGAUGUCAAGUUGGAAAACAAACUCGAUGAUAACAUACCAUCCGCUGUCAAAUCAGACAUUCCAUCAAAGGCAGAGGAACAAAGUGAAGAAAAGCGACCGACCAAUCCCGCAAAUAUCAAGUCGUCGUUAGUAUUCCAACCGUUACUGUGA